AUGUCUUUAUUGAAUUUUCGUAUAAAUAUUGCUACGGCUUUACUUAAAUCUAAUCCGCUAACACCUAUCAUAAAACAUGGUCGUCGAUCAUUAGAAUCAAGAUUAAAAUCAAACGAAAACAACUCAACAGCAACUUUACGAACUACACCACCUUUGGCUUCACCUUCUAGUACACGAUUCGACAAAUAUGAUCAUUGGCCUAUCACAACAUCAAAAGGUCCUUGUCGAAAUAAUACCUGUGAUGGAUAUACAAGAGUAUCAUGCUCUAAAUGUGAAAUUCGUUUAUGUUCGAACGAAAAAAAUAACUGUUUUGCGCAUAAUUGAACUUUUUUGUGGUCGUAAUUACUUUAUCAAUAAAUGAAAAAGCACUACAUAGUGUACUACGAUUUCUGGAAACGAAAAAAAAUUCAAAUUUUUGACCUAAAAAAAAAUUAAAAAGCAUAUAGACAAAGAUUUUUUGCCAGUUUCUUUCUGAGAGCCGGCCGGAAAGAGUUAACAUAUCCUCCUACAAUGACACCCCACAUCCUAUAUAUAAUAUUAAGAUUCCAUCAGAAGAAGUUCCGGCAAGACAGAAACAAUCGUUGUCGUAGACCGGCCAUCUUUCUAAAUCACACCUGCCUGUAUUUAGAAAUCUAUCAUAUUUCUCAAAACAAUUUCUCACUGUGGAUAGAUAUUUGUUAGCUUUAAUAUGUAUAGAACGAAACAGACAAGCAGUGUCACUGAUGGGUGUGGGGCAGAACGAUGAAAAAGAUGAUCUUCAUGGGAAUCGAACCCAUACCUC